AUGGAAGCACAAUACCUUCAGUUGAUAACUCAACCGUCUCAACUUCCGUUUGUUUUGUCGACGAUGGUUGGGCCAGGUGUGCUGAGGAAGAUUGGGGCGGAAAGAGCCUGGCACUUUUGCUACAAACUCAGUUUGAUUCUUGGAAUCUUUCUACAUAACAUGAAACACAAGUCAACUUGCCUUCCAACUAUCUAUGAAUCAUUUCCUCCUGAUUUUCCUAACAACUUAAAUCCUUGUGAUCACGUUGCACACUCUGCCGGGUUUCCUUCUCAAAUCAUAGACAAAAAACAAUCAGACGAGUUGAUUUCAAAAUUACUUUUACUAGGGGAACCGAACAGAAAAAACAACAUUCUACAGUAUUGA